UUUCAAAUUCAAAUCAUCAAUCCGCAGAAGUCGCGAAUGGCACCGCUAAAGGUCAACGCUAGGCGACGCAAUUACAACCAGAGAACCACGUCAUCGUCCUUUAAACCCCCCUUCUUCCAGAAACCCUAGAUAGUCAGCUCAACCAUCCUCACGCCUUCUCUCUUUCUUCUUCUGCGUCUCCUCUUCUUCUUCUUCUUUUUCUUCUGUUUCUGCAUCUCCUUUUCUUUUUCUUCUUCUUUUGCUUCAUCUUCUCUUAUUCAGAGAUGAUCGAAGCAAUGGAGGAGCGAGAACUGCCGAUUGAGCUUAGGGCAGUGCAGUCUCUAGGGUUAGGGUUCGAUUUGACCAACGAUUUCAGAGUGAAGUUCGCUAAGGGGAAUCCAGGUGAACGGUUGGUGGUCAUCAAUGAGGCGAACACGAGAGACAUUGUGAUUCCUGGUGGGAAGACGAUUGAGAAUGUGUCCAAUGAUAUCAGGUGUGAUAAAGGGGAUACUGUUCGCUUCCAAUCUGAUGUGCUCGAGUUCAAUCAGAUGUCAGAGUUACUCAAUCAGAAAUCUUCGAUACAAGGGAAGGUUCCUUCAGGAUAUUUUAAUUCUAUUUUUGAAUUAAGUGGAGCCUGGUUGCAGGAUGCCACAGACACUAAACACCUCGCUUUUGACGGUUACUUUGUUUCACUGUAUUAUUUGCACCUAACGGCAUCUCCAUUACUUCUCCAAGAGAAAGUAAAGAAAGCUGUCCCAUCUAUCUGGGACCCAGCAUCAUUAGCAAGGUUCAUCCAGACAUAUGGGACACACAUAAUUGUAGGAAUGGGCGUUGGAGGUCAGGAUCUAGUUUGUGUUAGACAAAAGCCCUUUUCAUCGGUUCCUCCAGCUGAUCUCAAAGGAUACUUGGAGGAUCUUGGAGAUCGCCUGUUUGCAGAUGGAAGGAGGCCCUUGCCACUAGGGAAAACCAGAGAUGCCAAGCAGAAGGUUCCGGAGGUCUUCUACCGUAUCUUGCAGUCAAAUACCAUGCAUUUGACCAGCAUUUCAGAAUCAUCAAGCAAGGAUGGCCUCACCAUCAUUUGCUCCAAAAGGGGAGGGAAUGCAUUUUUGUAUAGUCACUGCGACUGGCUACAGACAGUUCCUUCUAACCCUGAUGUUAUACUCUUCAAGUUUGUGCCUAUUACUUCUCUUCUUACUGGGAUUCCGGGCAGUGGCUAUCUCAGUCAUGCAAUCAAUCUCUAUCUUCGCUAUAAACCCCCGCCAGAGGAUUUACGGUACUUUUUGGAGUUUCAAGUUCCUCUUCAAUAUGCACCUAUGUUUUCUGAGCUGCCUCUUGGCCCUCAAAGAAGAAAGGUUUCCGGUCCUGCCUUGCAGUUUCGAAUCAUGGGUCCCAAGCUUCGUGUCAGCUCCACCCAGGUGUCAACUGAUCGAAAGCCAGUGACUGGUUUGCGCUUGUAUUUAGAAGGGGAAAAAUGCAACCGGUUAGCCUUACAUUUACAGCAUUUGUCCAGUAUUCCAAAUAUUCUAGAAUCUUUGUGGGCAGUUUCCAAAACAUCAAGGCCAUCCGAGUGGAGAGGGUCUGAUGACUAUGAGAUUAGCAGUCAAUACUUGGAGCGAGUCCAAUGGAGGAGAUACUCAAACAUAUGCACACUGGCUGUCGAGCAUGACCCUAAAUGGUUGCGGGGUGAAAAUGAUGGUGUUUUUGUGGUAACAGGCGGCCAGCUUGUCACCAGAGGGAAGUGGCCAAAGACGGUGCUUCAUCUUCGUCUACUUUUUACCUACCUGCCCUAUUGCAGCAUCCGGAAGACUGAUUGGGCUACUGUACCAGCUGUUUCUCAGAAGUCAAACUUCCUUGCAAACCUGAGUACAACCUUCCUGCGAAGUGAAGUGACAGGUCCCCCAAAGCAAGUGCCUGCUCAACUGAACUCAGGGAUAUACCCCGAUGGUCCACCAUUGCCUGCUAAUGCUCGCAAGCUAUUACGGUAUGUUGAGACAGCAGAGGUGGUGCGUGGUCCUCAUGAUAACCCAGGACAUUGGCUGGUAACAGCUGCAAAGCUUGUAAUUGAAGGCGGCAAGAUUGCUUUGCAAACUAAAUUUGCCUUGUUAAAUUAUCCCUCAUGAGCAAGGAAUAGUUGGUGUAUAUAUAAAAUGGCUGCAUAAAUGAUUGAUCUAUGUGUUUGAUUUUUUCAUUGUAAUUAUAUUUGUUAGUGAGAGUUGAUAAAGAAUUGUAAAAAUGCAGAAAUUGGCAUGCAAAGAUGAGACUCAUUUUGUUUAACUC